CCUUCCCCUGAGGAGAAUGAGAUCUGUCUCACAGCAGUAACCUAUGGUUUAAGGGAGGCCACUGUGGAAGAGGCCAAACUAACAGACCGAUCACUCCCAAACUCCUCCCUGGGGGAUAAUUGUUCAUUCCCCCCUGCACUGGGCAAAUGGACGGUCAGGUGUUGUGCUUCCCUGUGCUUCCUCUUUCAUAGUUGUCUGUGUCCCAGUAGUCUGCUCAGUGGAGGACUUCUAGUAGCCAGGAGGGUCAAGUGGCCAAGAUCCCAGUAAUAAAGAGCCAGCACACUGGUGACUACUACCGACCAGAGAGUGGACAAGCACGCCUCAGAAUGUCAAGUGAGGCCAUCACCAUGAUGGAGAAUGGCAAGGCUCUGGCAUCAGUGAAUCCUCUGCCAAUGGGAGUAAGCCACACGCUAGCCAUGGUGAAAGAAGGAAUUAUCCACACACACCAGAACAUAGCCACCACAAGGUCCUCCAACAUGCUGAAACCCAGCGAGCCCAGCAAACCACUCAUAGCAGAGCCGAAGCUCAGCAAAUCCCUGCAGAAGGCCAGGAUCACAGCCUUGUUUGCACACUCUGGCGAGAAGACUGCACCAGCAGAUCCUGUGCAGAGCAGUUGCAUCUCCCCAACACUGGAUGAGCCGUACCCAUCAGACCUAGAUGCCCUGGUGCCCACCCAUGAUGAACAAGGCCACUUGAUUCCCGAGUGGAAGCGGCAGGUGAUGGUGAGGAAGCUGCAGGCUCGGCUGGAAGCAGAAGAGGGCAAGGGCAGGAAGAGCAGUGGAGGCAGUUCGGUGGAGAUGGGGGACUGGAGGUAUUCACAGGCCCACAAUGGUAUCCUGGGCCCCUUCGGGGAGCUGCUGACCGAGGACGACCUAUUUUACUUGGAGAAGCAGAUUGAGAAUCUGCAGCUGAGGAAGAGAUGUCAGGAGUGUGAAAGAGAGCUGGGGCGCCUGGUGGAGGAGCUGCAGACCAUCCUUCCUGCCCCCAUUGUCCAUAUCACCGUCAACAGCCAACUCCUGCACCAGGAUGGCCAGGCGCUCCCUAUCUGGUGCAGCCGCAUCUCUGGCAUGGUGAAAAGCAUGUCCGUGCUGCUCACUAAUGUAAACGGCCUGAGGAAGGAGGCGGAGAUGCCAUCCCCUAAAGAACCAUCCAGGCCUGGUGAAGGGAAGUACCCUCCUGGAGGCAGUGCAGAGAGGGAGAUCCUGGAGUGUGGCGUCUCUGUCAGGAAGCUGAGAGGUAAUUUUGAGAAACAUGUUCUCCCAGGACAAAGAAUGGCCUUGGAGCUCCGAGGGGUGGAGGCCACGCCUUGGGAACACUCAGGAAGGUGCUGGUCAGGUGAGGAUCUUAUUUCUCAAAAGCAGUGGAGCACCAGUAAGAGCCAGAGAAAACUAGUCUGUGAAGAACAUGCAUGUGGAGAUAUGGAGAAUGCCAGUGUCUCUGGGAUCAGCUGCAAAGAGGCUUCCUCAGAUGUGAGCAGGUCUCUUGUUCCAAUGGCAGAGCCCACUAGCCUCAGGAAAGAACGAAUAGUGAUGCUCUUUCUGAGCCACUGGAAGAAAUCUGCUUACAUGCCUUCCUUGAAAAUCACAGCCAGGAAAACACUUGAGUCCCAGAGAGUCAGGAAAAUAAGAGAGGUGAAGGCUGCUGCAGAGGUCAGAAAGGAACAGAUUCCUGAGGAGAAGCCGGUGGUGGAAAUGAGCAAACUGGGCUAUUUAAUUCAGCAAAGGAGCACCAUCAAGAACCUGAUUGGCAACUGGAAGGACAUCAUCUCUCAGGUGCCCUCACAACAGAUCCGGCGCCUGAACCGCCAGCAGGCUAUCUAUUCCCCAGAGCAGUUCCUGCCCCAUGUCAAUGGGGUGCCCACCGAUUACAACAGCCUGACCCUUGACCUCUUUAUGCUUGGCUACUUCCACAUCCUAGAGCUGGACCUUCCUCAGGAGGAACGGAAAAUGAGGCACCUCCUCUGCUUUGAGGUGUUUGACCACUUGGGCAGAUACCCCUGGGAGACUGUGCGAGCCUUCCACAAGGCAGUGACUGAUGAAAUCAGUGCUGGCAAGCGAGGCUGGAAAGACAGUUUUGAGGACAUUAAGUUCAGGUUUUUUGGUAACACCAAGGACCCAGCCAGGGAGCUGGAACCAAGCAGAGCAUCAGCAGAAAGCACUCUAAAGCCAGUGCCCAGAGUUAGGGUUCGGAGCACUGCUCUUGAACAGGCUGGAUAUGAUCCAGGAAACUGUUCUGAGCUAGGCAGCUUCAACAAUGAUGAGAUCUGCAGGUACAUUGACCGCAGCUUUGCCUUCUGGAAGGAGAAAGAAGCCGAGAUCUUCAACUUUGAGGAGUGAGUUCUUUUGGCCAUGUUGGAACUGCCUUCCCUUGGCCUUGUGUGAGUGGGAGUUUGGGGGUUGGAUUGCUCCUGGGAUGCUGGUUCCUCCUCCUCCCCAUCUCUCAGAUACUGCAAGGAAUAUGCCUAGAAGGGUUCAGAAAUUUUUCAUGAAGCAGGUUGCCUGUCCUGAGGAAGAAAUUUCAGAACCAUCAGGAAGAUUUUCCAAGGCACAAAUGGGAAUUCAGCACCCAGCUCUCAUUGUGCCUUUGACAGUCUACUCCAAGAUUCUUCCUCUCUGCCUUUUCAGCGGUUAAGAUGUGGGAUGCCUCUUCUUUUCAAGCCAGCUGCCAUCUCUUAAACAAGACUGCUCUCCACCCCAGCCCACCCUCCUUUGCUGUGCGAACAGGUGAGGAUUAGCUAUUUCAUCUCUGGCAGGAGAAUCUCCAUGAUUCUUUGUCUGCAUAGCAUGACUUUAAACACUAUGGAAAGAUCCAGGUGGAGCUGAACCUGUCAAUGGGCUGCCCUCUGCACAAACACGCACAGACCCUGGUACCAUGGGAUGGCUUUGAUGGUACAGGGAGUAUCGAACGACAAAUACAAGUGCAACCAGCAAUGGAAGCUAAGGAAAUGAUUGGCAGCAGUAAAAGGCCAGCAGCCUGCUGGAAACUGAUGGCCCUGCAUAUGUCACCCUUGCCCUCGCCUGACCAGUGCAGAGACUGACAUGGACUGCACAGGGAGGUACAUGUGGAGUGUCUGAGCCGAGGGAAAGUGUUGUGAGGAGCUCAGGAGAGGAGCUGUGGGAUAUUAAAGCUGAGCAAUGCUCUGGCUUGGGGUGGACCUGUGGUGGUCAGCAGGCAGAGGCAGGGAAUUCCAGGGAGGAAGGGGAGGGAAGGGCUCAGGUCAUCUCUGGCUCGUGCUUGGAACAUCAUUGUUGGGCUCAAGAAGGAGCUCCCCUCACCUUUUAGUGACUGGAUUGUGCAUCAUCUCAACAAGAGUCCCAAAGGGGGAAAGUAAAUGGCAGCGUGCCACAAGUCAAAGAUUACAAAUAAGGCAAUGGACGGGUGAUUGUGAGCCAAUGCCAGGACUGAGCCUGAUUGUUCUUUCACUUACAUGUAACUGCAGGGAUUUCAGUGGGGUGACUCCUGAUUUACACCACAGCGAGAGAGGAGAAACCUGGCACUUUGUGACCAUUUCACCUCCAUAGCCUGCAUGAGUUGGAGUUCUGUAAAGAUCAAAAAUCCCCAGUGAACACCUAAGUGAUUCGUUAACGUUCAAAAGUAGUUAAAUAGCAAACAGAAAACGCUACUGAUUUACUAUAAUUCUCCAAAAGAAAGAAUCUUUCUUCCUUGGUACAGCAUCUCCUGUUAUGAUUACAGACUGAAUCAUA